UGCUUCACAUAGGGGUAGCAAACAGCAGACGAGUGGCAGAGCUGGGACAGAGACACGAGGGAGCUAACAGGACAUGGCCCAAAUCCAGCAACCGGAGCCAGCGAAGGACACUAAAUCCCAGGCAGAAAACUUAACCAAAGAAAUUGAUCUGGUGCAGAGGGACCCCAAACACAUCAACCAGGAGGUGGUGCAGGUAGAGUUUGAGGAUGUGAUCGCUGAACCCGAAGGCACUCACAGCUUUGACGGGGUAUGGAAAGUCAGCAAUAGCACCUUUACAGUGACAAAAUACUGGUGUUACCGUGUGCUUUCCGCAGUCCUUGGCCUUCCCCUAGCAUUGCUAUGGGGCUUCCUAUUUGCUUGUUUAUCAUUCUGUCACAUCUGGGCGGUAAUGCCCUGUAUCAAGAGCUAUCUGAUAGAGGUACAGUGUGUGGGCCAGUUCUACGCGGUUUGUGUCCGUACUUUCUGUGAUCCUAUAUUUGAGGCUGCCGGAAAGGCACUAAGUGGAAUACGUGUGGCAAUGAGAAAGGAAAUCUGAAAACAAAAAAACGUAAACAUGCAUACCCUUAUUUCUUCCAAACCUGGUAAAGGUCACGUUGUGGGGAGCAUGUUCUUAAAAUCCACCAUGGACCAGACAUCAUUCAUCCCUGAAAGUCAAGCUACAUAUUGUUCUCUCCAAUGUAUCGCAGUUGAAGACAUGAGGGACAAUGGACAGAGGACAUACGUUGGUUCACUCCUUUCAUACCAGGUCAAUGGAGUGAACUAAAUGGGUUUCUCCACAAAUGGAAAUAAAUGCUCAGCCCCCGAGUGGUAUAAAUAUCACAUUUUAUUUGCAUUGCUCUCUAUGCACAAACAGCUGGAGUUUAGUGAGAAUUGGAUAUAGAUUACAGAAUACAAGGCAUUUAUCAGUACAUUUACAUAGGAAUGUCCCAGUUAUUCUAAGGAUGCAAUGAUCAACUAGGAAAGGUUAAUAGCUCCUUAAAAUCUCUAUGGCGGCAGCCAUUUUCUCUGUAGGCUCAAACCCUCUCCACAGAGAGGACAUCACAGUAUUCAAGGAAAUACAAAUAGUUGAAGUUUA